AUGAUUGAAUCGGUUGUUUCACACAAUUCUGCCCUUAAUUUGGACGAGUCGUCCAAUUCUAGUGAGAGGAGCACUCCGGGCAAACCGCCGACUCCGGGUCCGCCCCUCGGGCCUCAGGUGCGGAUGAGUGGUAAUCAUCAACAGUCACAACACGCAGGUAUGUCUCCCGGUUAUGGCGGUGCCAGCAAUGCACCCAACAAUGCAUACGCUUAUGGCAAUCAUCAACAAUACGGAGUGAACAACAAUAUGAUGCCUCCGCCCACUUGUUACCCGACCAAACCCGGUGUGAACGCCAACACCAACCCCAACAUCAACCCCAACCUGAACCCAGCCAUGGGUAACAUACCCUCCACGAGUCCGAACGGGGCUCAGGCCGCAGCUCAAGCCGCUGUUAUCGCCGCCGAACGCUCGGCCGCCUUCACCGCUCGAGCGCCGCAUACGUCCGUCUAUUUGCGGCAACACUUACAGCAACGGAUGUAUCCGCCAAACAACCACUACUCACCCCACGGACCGCCACCUAUGGGUCCUUCCGGUCCACUAAUGCACGGACCGGGCGGACCGAUGCAUGGGUUGCCGCCAAACGAACCCAUUCCGCCGACGGGCAGUGAAGCGCCGCCUAAUUCAGGCUAUCCUAUGGGUCCGUCGCAUAUGUCAACUCCUCCCACAUCCGACGCCAACAACUCUGCGGCCACUUCUGUCACACAAAGCAUCACAUCUCCACUUUCGGCCACACCUUCGCUGUCGAACAGUAUCGCCGAAGUGAGAGCCGGACCGCAACCGCCCUCUAUAUUAGACGAGGCGAGUCAGGCGUCGACCACCUCUUCUCAAGCGGAGGACAGCUCAGACACACCGACACCGAAACACAACUCGAAACCACCGGGUCUUUCACACCCGCCGACGCCCAACACAUUGGGAUCUCCGGGAGCCGCCAGUAUGUCGUCCUUUCACGACGAGUUCGAGUCGAUGUCGAGUCCGAGUUGGCCGCGAACUCCCGCUAGUCCUGUUGUCAACAGUCAAGGCUAUGACUCGCACAGUGGGCACAACGUUAAGCGUCCGGACGGACUCAUGAAGUUGUACGACAUGACUGAUGAACCCGAGCGCCGAGUAUUUCUCGACAAACUGAUCCAAUUUCAAGACGAGAGGGGAACCCCUAUCUCGCAAUGUCCUACAAUUAGUAAACUCCCUCUCGAUCUCUUCAGGCUAUAUAUGGCCGUCAAAGAGAGGGGAGGUUUUGUGGAAGUGACCAGAGGUAAGCUCUGGAAAGACUGCACACACAUCUGCAAUAUCGCCACUUCUUCGAGUGCCGCCUAUACUCUUAGGAAACAAUAUAUGAAACAUUUGUUGCCCUUUGAGUGCAAGUUUGAUAGGGGAGGCGUCGAUCCCGUUCCCAUCCUCGCGUCACUCGACAGUUCCAAUAGAAAGAAGAAUAAGAAUGCAGUGCAGCCGCCGCCGCCACCGGAACAGCCAUUCCAAUCACACACCGGUCCUCCAACUAUGGAUGGUUACGGUCCCGGAGCUUAUCCGCCACAACCCUUUCCUCCGCCACCGCAGAACUCAAUGUCUAACUCUGAAUAUCCACCACAACAUCUGCCACCGCAUCAACAAUCACCCUAUCCAUCACAUCCACCACAUACUCCCGGCUCUCAUCCACCGCCAAACUCUAUGUCUAACUCUGAUUACCCGCCGCAUCAACAGUCGGCUUAUCCACCACAUCCUUCUGGCCCUCCGCCGCCACAGAACUCAAUGUCUAACUCGGAAUAUCCGCCUCAUUCACAACCACCACAUCAACAGCCCGGGUAUCCGCCGCCUCAUCCACCCGGCGCUCCGCCACAAAAUUCAUUAGCAAACUCGGAAUAUGCAUCACAACAACAACAACAACAUCCGCCACAUUCACAGUCUGCUUAUCCGCCGCAUCCGUCUGGCCCUCAGCCGCAUAUGAGUGGUCAGACGCCGCCAUCGAUGCAAUCAUUAGCCAAUCACAACGAGAGCAUUAGUGUAAAGGAUCCGUUUGCCGACGAUUUACAACACCAGUCGGGAUAUCCCUCUCGCACUCACCCGCAACGGCCGCCAUCACAGCCGCAAUCGGGUCCGCAAUCGCAAUCUGGUUCGACACCAACUCCACAAUCAAAUGAAUUCAAUAUUGCGGGACAACCGACGGCUCAACCAAACCAUCCGAUGCCACAAAACCAUUUUGGUGUCUAUAAUGAGCCUUAUAAUCGUCAAAGCGGUCAAACGGAUCCAUACGCUGUCCCUCCGCCACAAGCGCAGGGAUAUCCUCCACCAUCUCGUAUGUCUCAUCCGACGCCAUACUAUAAUCAACAACAGAGUUAUGACUCUCACCGGACGGAGAAUCGCUUUGAACCUCACACUCGUCCUCCAUCUCAAGACUCAAUGUAUGGCCAACAGCCGCCACCACAACAACCGCAACCGCCUUUGUCUUCCGGUGGACAUCAACUUAGAGGACAGUAUCCAAUGGGACCUUCUAGUGCUCAACCGGCUCCUCCUCACCCGUCAGGCACUCCUCCAUCUUCUUCUACUCCCAAUUUCACGAGAAGUGAUUCGUCACCGAUUGGACAGUACGGAAGCGGCGCUUAUAACGCAAAUCAAGAGAAUUUUAAAUCUAAUGAUUAUCAGGAAUCAGUUGUGUGUCUAAUAAGCGAUAUUGAAAAUCAGAGUCCGCUCGCACAGAGACUUCUUCAGGCUAAGGUCUCCCAAUCGACUCCCAGUCAAAACUACUCGACUUCACAACCCCUUUACUCGAACGCCUCACCCGCGCAACCAUUGGGCGGAAUGUCAUCUCAAAAGGCCGGUCCGACCACUGGUGCCAAUACGACUCAACCGGUAGUGCAGACGCAGACGGGCACGACAUGGCAUCCGAGUGCUGGCAAUAAUCAAUUCGUUCAGAAACGACAUCCAGAUUUCAUGAAACAGGAACAACACUUCCCACCCGUUAACAACACGUACGGCUCAGCACAACAACCGAUGCCACCGACGGGUCAGUUCCCGCCGUUUUCAGGCAACACCCGUCAGACAGCGCCAAACCAGUCCUCAAGUCAGCCCCUCUGGAAUCGUGAUAAUCAAUAUCGAGCUUACGGCCCACCCGUUCCACACAUGACUCCCAAUUCGACAGCCAAUCCUCCGUUCGGCGGACCACCUAUUUCUCAAGUCAGGGAAGGUUGGGAUCACAUGUCACGUGUGGACAAUGGCCCCAAUUGGUCGCAUAAUAGGUUCAAUCCCUCACAAAGUGUUCCGCCGCACGAACUAUAUUCGGGUCCCACUCCUUAUGGCGGCGGACAUCAGAUCAACAAAAUGUCGAACUUUGGUCCGAGAAGUGAUCCAAAUCGUCAGUUCAUAUCAAAUAUGCCAACGCCUAACAAAGUUCCGCCUCAUAUGAUGCCACCGCACCAGUCGAUGCCAUACUCUCAUCCACAACCACACCAUCCAAUGUUCCAUCAAAUCAAAAAAGAGAUUAUCUUUCCUCCCGAUUCGGUUGAGGCCACGACUCCCACAAUGAGUAAACGGCGGCGACUGUGCGCUCGAGACCUGACUUCUGUCGAGGCCUGGAGACUGAUUAUGUGUCUCAAAUCGGGUCUAUUAGCGGAGAGCACGUGGGCUCUCGAUAUUCUCAGUGUUCUUCUACACGACGACUCAACUGUCCUCUACUUCGGUCUCCAACACAUGCCCGGAAUGUUAGAGGUUUUACUCGAACACUACAAACGAUACUUAAGUGAAAUAUUUGACGGUCUCUUUGACGACACGGAAAUCGGCUUCGAGUCAAACAAAUGCAAUAAUCCCGUGGAAAGUGAAUCCAUUAGUUCCACCAAAAGGACUAAAUUGUGGUACGAAUUGAAUACAGACUUAAGUGAUAGUGAGAGCGACGGUGUGAAAGAAGACGACGACGAGAGGUGUACGACACCAACAAAGUGUGACAUUCCAUCAGAUGAACAGUUAGUACUUCUCAAUACCACAAACUUUACGUUCAAAUCGCGAAACGGAAAGACAGUUAAGAUUAAGAACGGAAAGUCACUGUUCAUCGACGAUCCCGACAAGAAGUGGGAUCUCAUGAAGAAUGGGUUCACCGGCGGUGUCGACCACUGGACGGUUGGAUUCGGAGAGCGAACGGAUCACAUCCAGACGUACUUUGAACCUGAUGAGAAUUUUUGUCGGUUUGUGAGAGUUAUGAAGAAAAAUAGAAAACGAAACAGAAAUUCGAGUUUUAGUUGGAAAAUGUCCGCCGAAGACAAGAUUUCGCUCAAUACAAGUGAUGAUUGUUUGGCCACAACUGAUGUGAAAAAUAAUUUAUUAAACGAUUUAAAACCUUGCGUUGAGAUCAAAAAAGAGUCAAACUUAGAUCAAAACGACAAUAAUGUGGUCAACAAUUGUUCGGACAAAGAGAGUGUAAAGUCAGACGACAGUCAGUUUCCAAGAGUUCGCGAAUCAGAUUUGGAGAGAUUUAAUAAAAGGAAAGACAGAGAAGAAUACGAAGACGAGUCCUAUGAUAUGGAUGAGCCGGCGGUUCAUAUUGGGUACGACUAUCAGGACUCACUGACCCGACGCUGUCUUUGUUUGUCAACACUGUUGAGGAAUCUGUCUUUCGUUCCCGGAAAUGAUGAGAAUAUGUCGAAACAUUCGGGACUAUUGUUAGUGAUGUCUCGACUCCUACUCCUCCAUCACUCGCACACCUCUAAGAAGCGUAACUUUGAGCGCUCUAUUGAGGAAGAAUUAUUUGCCAGCGAAGAUCGGGAGAAGAAUGAGAAGAUAGUGGAGAAGGAGUGGUGGUGGGAUGUGCUGCACACCAUCCGCGAGAACACGUUAGUGACAAUCGCCAACUUGAGUGGACAGUUAGAUCUGUCGCCCUAUUCGGAGCAAAUCAGUUUGCCAUUCCUGGACGGGCUCUUGCAUUGGGCGGUGUGUCCGUCGUCCUACGCUCAGGACACUCUUCCCUUUGCCAACUAUUAUCUCUCACCACAACGUCUGGCGUUUGAGUCACUCUCAAAACUGUCAAUCCUUGACUCGAAUGUGGACCUAAUGCUGGCCACUCCUCCCUGGAGUCGAAUCGACAAACUCUAUCACAAUUUGGCGCGGAGUCUGAGCCGACACGAAGACCAAACAAUACGAGAGUUUUCGGUUGUCUUAUUAUCGAACCUGUCGUCAGCAGAUUCUUCAUCCGCUCGAGCGAUAGCACUGACCGGUUGUGCCAUUCCUUUGUUAAUAUCGUUUGUAGAACAGGCGGAACAGUCGGCACUACAAGUGGCCAAUUCUCAAGGCAUUAACGCUUUAAGAGAAAAUCCCGAACUCAUGGGAACGACAUUAGAUAUGGUUCGGCGCUCUGCGUCCACAUUGAGGUGUAUAUCACGUGUUCCCGACAAUCGACAACUGUUUGUUCAGUUCCAGCAAAGACUCUUAGCUCUGGUUAUGUCACAAAUAUUAGAUCAGGGGGUGGCCGGCAUUAUAGCCGAUGUGAUCUACGAGUGUUCUUUGGCUCGAGUGGCGUUCAGUUGUGAAACCAGUGAUGAAACGGAACCGUUGGUCACUGAAAAUGAUAAGAACAGCAAUAAUAAUGAGUGCAACGGAAAUGACAGUAACGAGAGUUCUGGCGAUGAGAACAACGGCUCGACUGGUAAUCGAUUGCCCGAAACGGACACAAAUGGAGACGAUUUGGACAAUGAGACGAAUAACAGCACGGAUUCGAGUUCGACGGCCAAUACAUGAGACUGUCGUUAAACUGCACUCUAAAUGACAAUUAAAUUAAGUUAUUUUGUUGUGAAAUAAAACUCAAACUCUAGUGAUUGCGUGCAUUAAAAAACUAAUCAUUAUUUCUCUGGUGUGCCUCCGAAGCAACCAAAGCCUACCACACAAUGAAUUGUCGAUACGAUUCGCUUAUAAUUUUUCAUAAAUUCUUUGACAUAACGACCAACUGAUCAAUUGGUGCACAAGACUUGUGAGAAUCAAAAUUAUGUGCGACUUUUGUGCCACAAAUAUCAUCACAAAAGCAAAACUAAACAAAAUUUGUUUCAAAAAAUCUUUUUCAUUCAAAAAUGUGAAGUGAAGUGAAUUUUACAUUAAAAGAAAUUAUUUGACAACAAUUUUAAGCAUAAUUUUGGAUAAUUUGUUAGAAAUUAAUUGAUUAACUGCUGAUGAAUUUGACGAAUAAGUGAUUAUAAUAUUUAUAUAAAUAUAUAUAUAAUAAAUACGAGACACAAAAUACUGGUUCAUUGGUUGUACAGAAAUCUUUGUCUUUGAAUCAGAAUCAGCCGCCGAUCGAGAAAAGGAGUUGUCAUCCAAUUUAAAAACAAUAGCUUUGUUUCAAUAGAAAAAAUUCAUUCAUGAAUUGCAAGACUACUUUCUUUUAGUAAUUAUUAAAUUAACAUAAAAUAUAAAAUAAAUUUUUUGAUUCGACUGUGA